GAAUGCACUCAGAGAAUCCAGAUCCGGUCAGUAUAAAAGGUCUGGUUCCGCAGUGGGGGAGCCACAUCCUGGAAGAGUGGCCGAGGACAGCUCCCCUCCUGCCAGAGAUAGGCAGGCGCCGAGGUAGCGGCAUGGCCCCCUCAGAAGACCCCAGGGACUGGAGAGCCAGCCUGAAAGGCACCAUCCGUGAGACGAGCCUGGAGACCAGCUCUGGUGGGAAGUUGGCCAGGCAUCAGAAGACUGUCCCCACAGCUCACCUGACUUUUGUUAUUGACUGUGCCCACGGGAAGCAGCUCUCCCUGGCAGCAACCCCAUCACCACCCCAAGCCCCCAGUCCCAAUCGAGGGCUUGUCUCCCCACCAAUGAAGACCUACAUCGUGUUCUGUGGGGAAAACUGGCCCCAUCUGACUCGGGUGACCCCCACGGGUGGGGGAUGCCUUGCCCAAGCCAGGGCCACCCUGCCGCCCUGCAGAGGGACUACGGCCUCAGCUUCCUUCCCGGUCAGUCCGCUCUGUCCCCAGGAGGUUCCCGAGGCUAAGGGGAGACACUUGAAGGCUAUGCCUGUGAGGUCUUCAACUUGGGGAACAGUCAAGGACUCGCUGAAAGCCCUCUCCUCUUGUGUCUGUGGGCAGGCCGAUUAGCUGGAAGGGCCAGGCUCCUACGCCCAGAGGCUGCAGUUCCCAAGGCCUGGCCCUGCCUCCCCAGCUAAGCAGGAGUCUUUCAUGCCUGAACCAAGGAAAGAUCAUUAGAUCCAAUAAGGGACCUCUGAAACAGCCAUCGAGUGGCAGAGGCAGGAUAAGGCACCUGCAUAUGCAGAGACUCACUCAUUCAUACAGCAAAUAUUACUGGAGGACCUUCUAUGAGCCAGGCCCUGCUAAGUGCUGGGGAGAUACCAUGGUUUUCUUGGAGCUGGUAUUUUUGGGGUGGAGGGAAUCCACCCCAAAUAAAUAAAGUAACCAAAUAAAUAAAGAAGAUGAUUUUGAACAGUGA